AUGUCUUUUCGGGGUCACGGUGAACGUGAAACUUCUACAAGAAGAGGCAACUUAUUGGAUCUCUUAAAGUGGUAUGCAAAUAAGAAGGAUGAUGUAAAGAAAGUUGUGUUAGAAAAUGCUCCAAAAAAUGACAUUAUGAUUUGUCCAAAUAUACAAAAAAAUAUUGUGAGUUCUUGUGCGAAAGAAACAUUGAAAACAAUUGUUGAAGACUUGAACGUGGAUUACUUUGAGAUAUUGGUUGAUGAGUCUAAGGAUGUCUCUCAUAAGGAACAAAUAGCGCUUAUUUUAAGUUAUGUCAACAAAGAGGGUAAAGUUAUUGAGCGAUUCCUUAGCAUUGUUCAUGUUAAAGAUACAUCUGCAAAGUCAUUAAAAGAAGCAAUUUAUUCUUUGCUUUUGGAACAUUCAUUGAGUAAAUCUCAAAUACGGGAACAAGGUUAUGAUGGAGCUAGUAACAUGCAGGGAGAAGUUAAUGGUCUUAAAACUUUGAUUAUGAAUGAUACUCCUUCAGCAUAUUGCAUACAUUGUUUUCCUCAUCAAUUGGAGAUGCUUCGAGAUGAUCAAGUAAAAGAAUUAGAGGAACUACUAGUGCUUGGUGAAGUUCAUACAGGAAGUGGUUUAAAUCAAGAACUUGGACUUCAAAGGGCAGGUGAUACUCGGUGGGGUUCUCAUUUUAAGACAUUGCGUAAUUUUAUUAGUUUAUUCUCAUCAAUUGUUCAUGUACUUGGAGUUCUUGCAAUUGACGGUUCAAAUUAUCAUGAGAGAUCAAUGGCAAAAAGUCUAGUGGAUUACAUAAGAUCCUAUGACUUUGUGUAUGUGUUACAUUUAAUGUUGAAAGUAUUGGCACUUACAUAUGAUUUAAAUAUGGCUUUGCAAAAAAAAGAUCAAGAUAUUGUAAGUGCAAUGAAGCUUGUUGGUUUCGCAAAGAGACAAUUGCGAUAUGAUAGAUUCUAG